GCACCUUCAUCCUACAUGGCCAUGGAGCGCGCGAUGCGCACACCUGGCCUUCAUCGAACCGAGGCGAGCAAAGAAGAGGCAACGAACAACAGCCGGCAGAAAAGCCCCCAAAACAAGGGGGGAGAAGCUUCCAGUCCAAUCAAGCCAAGGCGUCAAGGAAGGCAGAGCGAGGGCGGCAUGGGGAUCGUGGAGACGUGGGUGCGCGAGAAGCCCAUCCGCACCUUCCUCGCCCGCCUCUCCCGCCACCCCGCGGCCGCCUUUAUCGCCUCCUCCGCUGCGGCGGCCGACGGCGAGAGCGGCGUCGACGAUGGAGGAAUCCCGCUGCUCUCAUCGAUCGCCAACUCCGUCGUCUCCCGCUGCUCCGGGAUUCUUGCUGUUGAAACUGAAAUGUUGCAGAAAAGUUUUGAGGCUGAUUUCCCUGAUAAUUGUAAGGAACCCAAUACAUAUGCAAAAGAGCUGUUGGAGUACUGCUGCCACAAGGCUCUUCAUGAAGUAACUACACGUCCAGAUUAUUUGGCUGAUAAGAAUCUUCGUCGUUUAACGUUUGAUAUGAUGCUUGCAUGGGAAAACCCAGGUGCUGGGGAUGAAUCGCUAGACAAUGAUUCUUCUCUGCCUGUGGAGAUUGAAGAUCAAGACGAGGGCUCAAUUUUUUAUGCAAAUUCCACAAGUUUGGCUGUUCAAGUCAAUGACAUGAAGACAGUUGGAUUAAGUGCUUUUACACGAAUAGCGCCUUCAUGCCCAAUAAUAGCUGACUUGGUUACUGUCCACAAUCUGUUUGAUGCGCUUACAAGUUCAUCUAGUGGCCGGCUACAUUAUUUCGUAUACGACAAAUAUCUCAAAAGUUUAGACCGGGUAUGCAACUCUGUGAAAGGAAUCAUGCAGUCACCACUUGCGUCAAGUUUUCAUCUUGGUGUCGGGGAGUGCAUCUUAGCUAUUGAUGGAGAUAGGCCUAUUCAUCCUGUUUUGCAGCAUAUUGGAAUAUCGGCUUGGCCAGGAACAUUGAUCCUUACAACACAUGCUCUCUAUUUUCAGAGUAUCAGAGUUGCUUAUGGUGAUAAAAUUGUUAAAUAUGAUUUAGCAACAGAGUCAAAUCAAGUGAUUAGGCGUGAUUUUACCGGACCACUGGGUGUCCGCCUGUUUGAUAAGGCUGUGAUGUACAAAUCAAGCACGUUAACAGAACCAAUUUAUUUCGACUUUCCUGAGUUAGGCGGUCCCUCACGAAGAAACUAUUGGUUAGCAAUCACUCGUGAAGUAUUGCAGGUGAAUAAGUUUAUCAGGAAAUUCAAUCUUGAAGGUAUUCAGAGAGCGGAAUCACUCUCAAAAGCUAUCCUGGGCAUCUUGAGAUACUCUGCUGUCAAAGAAGCGUUUCAUAUUGCUCCUUCUCACUUGAAGACAACACUCACUUUCAGCUUAGCAGAAAAGCUCCCAAAAGGAGACAUGAUAUUAGAGGCCCUAUAUAAUAACUACCUUCAACUGUUGGACACUCCGUUGAGCCAUUUGGCAACUGAACCAGCAGUUGACAAACAGUUGCAGACUCAUUCUGUACCAUUUUCGUUAUAUGCUCUCUCUAGAAUGGGAUUUGUCUUGCUGAAGAGAAAAUAUGAAGCUGAAAAAGAGAUAAGCUUUUGUGCUGUUUGCAUUGGUGUAACAAAAUCUCUGGAGGCUGCUUUGGAAGAGUCAUUUUGUUACUCUGAAAGAGUAGAGGCAGCACGUGCCACAGUUGACCAAGUAAAGGUGGAAGGUCUUGAUGCAAAUCUUGCUCUAAUGGAGGAGCUACUUUUUUCGUUCAUUCAAGCAGGCAAACUUAUUUACUCUUUAACUAAGUGGGAAGAUCCUGUGAAAUCGUUUUUGUUCCUAGCUUUCAUCCUAUAUGUCAUUCAAAGUGGGCUUGUCAGUUAUGCUGUGCCCUCUAUUUUCAUAGUUUUUGCUGUUGCUAUGCUUUGGCAUAAGUACACUGGAGAAGGAAAAUUGUUGGAAGUGCUUGAAGUAAGACCACCUCCAAGUAAAAAUCCUGUUGAGCAAAUCUUAAUCUUGCAGGAUGCUAUAUCCAAGUUGGAAGAUGCUCUACAGGCUGUGAAUAUUGUUCUUCUCAAGUUCAGAGCUCUCUUGUUUGCAGCUGUUCCAAAGGCAACUGAAUUGGUCACAGUGGCCCUUCUUGCUGCAGCUGCAUUUGUAGUUUUGAUGCCUUGGAGGCAUAUGCUCCUGAUGGUAGUCCUGGAGGUUUACACAAGAGAGAUGCCGCUGCGGAAGCAGAACACAGAGAAGUUCCGCAGACGAAUUAGAGAGUGGUGGGCUCGUAUUCCAGCUGCUCCUGUACAGAUGAUCAGACCUAACGAAAACAAGAAAACAAUAUGACAAUGAGCUCUGCAACCCGUUGCAACUAAAGCAUAAUUUUUUGCCUAUCUCCUUGGUUUAACCUAGACAACUAACCUGUAUAGAUAUACCCCUGAUUACCCUCAUUAUUACAGUACACUGCUACUGAUAACCCAUGAUUACCUUUAAAAAAGAUAACCCCUGAUUACCCAUGUAAUGAUUGUGUAGUGGCAUUGGUUUGGAUGUACAAAAACUACAAGGAAACUACAAAUAUUGGCUACAAAACCUGUGUUCAAUUUCGCAUACAAGUUCUGGAGAUAAAGCUUCUGAUAACACAGUUGAAUGA